UUCUUCCCAGGGUGUAGUGUUGAUGUUUUCAAGCUGCAGCUGCUACUUCUACCGGCACAUAGGACCGUCAACAGAAAGAUGGUUUGUGAAAAAUGUGAAAAGAAACUUGGAACUGUUAUCACCCCAGACACUUGGAAGGAUGGUGCAAGAAAUACCACAGAAAGUGGUGGAAGAAAGCUGAAUGAAAAUAAAGCUUUGACUUCAAAAAAAGCAAGAUUCGAUCCAUAUGGAAAGAAUAAGUUCUCCACUUGCAGAAUUUGUAAAAGUUCUGUACACCAACCAGGUUCUCAUUAUUGCCAGGGCUGUGCCUACAAAAAGGGCAUCUGUGCGAUGUGUGGCAAAAAGGUUUUGGAUACCAAAAACUACAAGCAAACGUCUGUCUAGACUUAUUGAAGUUUCUGGCUUUUUAUGGUUUUACUUUCUGCUUUGAAUUCUCAAAACAUGACAUAGAUAGUCAGUUUACAAUGUAACUGUUUCAAGUCAAAUGAUUAAGUUAAACCAGGGAAGUUGCUAAGUAGUCAUUGUUUUCUUCUCAAGAAGUUCUGACAGCAACAGUGUAAAUAGUCUUUUGUUUAAGUGAUUAUUUUCCUUCUGAACAUUUUAUUGAACUAGUGUAAGUGGCAAAUUUAAUGAAAAAAUAUUUGUGAGUUCUGUAUGCACUUUUUAUUUAACAUAAUUCAUAUAAUUCUUAUAUCAUCUAGUUUACUUAUGGAUAUUGCAAAAGUGAGACGAUUAUUGAUAUCUUACUCUGAACUUAGACUCCAGACUUAGAAUUCUUCCCUCAUUCUCUUUCUGGUAUCAUAAUUUUUAGAAUCAACAGGGGCUUAAUUAAUUGCAGUUUCAUUAAAUAUUUAAAUAUUUGAGGCCUUUAUUGCUGAAUAGUUCCUUAGUACUUAGUUCAGACCCAAAUUAAAGACAAGUUGAAUUCCUGAUUAUUUUUAGUUUGUUCUUAAAACCAAAAUGCCAGUUCUUUCAUAUGAGCACAAGAACAUGAGAAACAUUGAUUUGUCCAAAUAAAUAUACUAGAUUUCAGAAAACAUAUUAUACAUCUUACCUUGAGUUCAAAUUGUCAUGAAAGCCAGAACAGAGUGUUCAUGACAGUGUUCAUCCAUGUUCAUGUGUAAUGAAAGUUAAUCCCUACUUUGAAGCAAGAAAAUGAACUUUUUAAAAUUUUUUCCACUCCACCCCUUCCCACC